AUAUUUCCUAUUUGCAGGCCUCCCCCUCCCUCUCCCUCCCUCCCACCCUCCCAUCUCCGAGUCACCAAACUUCACUACAAUUCACAGUCUCCCAUCUCCCUCCUCCUACUUCCUCCACAUACUUCAACAAUGUCUCUCCUCCUAAACCCCAAUCCUUCUUCUGCUCUCCUCUCCCACAAAUCUCCCAAACUCUCUCCCAAAUCACUUAAACCCCUCUCUUUAACCUUCUCUCGGAAUCCCAAAUUCGUUAACUUAUCUGUACGCUCUUCUUCCUCCUUCAAUGACCCUGCCGACCCGCCUUCUAAACCUGACACCUCAUCCGAAGCCGAUUCCGAAAAGCCAGCAUUUGUAGACGAGUGGGGCGAGAAAUCGGAGCCGGAGCCGGAACCCACGUCAAAAUUCUCGGGCUCGGAUCCUCCGAAGAACGAGGAUGAGUGGGGAGGGUCGGAAGUUGAUUUGGGAAAUGGAAGCCCAGUUGCUGAUGUUGGAGUUAAUGUAGGUGUGAAGGAAGAUGGGGAUGGGAAGCUUUGGGAGUUGAAACGGGCUUUGGUCGAUACUGUUUACGGGUCCGAUUUGGGGUUCCGGGCAUCAGCGGAAGUCCGGGCGGAGGCCUUUGAACUUGUUUCGCAGUUGGAGGCUGCCAAUCCAACUCCUGCGCCGACUGAGAACCCCGAGUUGCUCGAUGGGAACUGGGUUUUAGUGUACACAGCCUUCUCUGAACUAUUGCCUCUGCUGGCAGUAGGCAGCAUUCCUUUGGUGAAAGUUGAAAAGAUUGGUCAAUCUAUCGACACAAGCAGUCUUACCAUAGAGAACUCGAUCACAUUAUCAAGUCCAGUUUCCACCUUGUCUUUUAGCGCUUCUGCAUCCUUUGAAGUCAGGAGCCCAACAAGAAUACAGGUUGAAUUUAAAGAAGGUACAUUUAAGCCUCCUGAGAUCAAGUCAAGCAUAGAUCUUCCAGAAAGCAUUAAUGUUUUUGGGCAAAACAUUAAUUUGUCAUCCAUACAGCAAUCACUGAGUCCGCUUCAAAAUGCUGUGGAGGGCAUAGCGCGCACUAUAUCUGGUCAGCCUCCUCUCAAGAUUCCUAUUCCUGGUGAACGGACAAAAUCAUGGCUCCUUAUCACGUAUCUUGACAAAGAUCUUCGGAUUUCAAGAGGUGAUGGUGGCCUUUUUGUGCUUGUGAAGGAAGGAAGUGCUCUCUUGGAUUACUAGCCAGGUAUUUGUUGUGUAGAUUCGUCACAUAUAGAUGUCAUAACAUGUAUAUGAUGCCGCAUUUUCUGUAUUGCUCGGCAUUUUAUGAUAUUGUAUACAACAGAAAACCUUUAGCAUUACCUGACCUCAGAGACAAUUGGCUUUGUUGUUUCCAUUUUUCAUCAUUAGCCAAAAAUACACUGAAUGCUUGUCUAUUUCUUUAUGAGUAUGUUAAGACUUGUACGUAUCC